AUGCUUGAGGAUAAUUCCAAGAAAUAACAAUAAAUGUCAAAACUAGCUGAAUAGAUCAGACUGCAUCUAAGCUUUAAAAACUCAAAUGCUAUUUAUAUGAAUGAAAUGACUAAGGUUCUCAAUGAUUCAUAGAGAGGUGCUUUUAUUUCAUAAGACGAACUGUAAAAUCUGAUAGAGGAGCUUGCAAGGUUGGUGCCAAGAUGGAUGACAAUAAAGGAGAUCAAAGGAAAGCUAAUUAAGACUGAUAAGUCUAUCUCUGGCUAGCAAGUCCAGUAAUGGAUUUAAAAUCACUUCAAAGGCGAGUAGUAGCCUAGAAACCAAUGA